GCUCUCAAACCUUCCAACUAACCUAUUUGUGAAGAUGAAAAGUUUCUGCUCAAGAAUCUCAAUUGCUCUACUUUUCAUAACACUAACGUUUUCAGCAAAAGCAGAGUUUGGACAAUGGUGUGUAGCCGAUCCACAGAUACCUGAUUCUGUGACACAAUCAGCUUUAAAUUGGGCUUGUCAACAAGGCGGAGUAGACUGUAGUACAAUUCAGCCUAACCAGCCUUGCUUUGAGCCCAACACUAUCAAGAACCAUGCUUCUGUUGUCUUCAAUAAUUAUUACCAAAUUCUUAAGCACAUGGGUGCUGAUUGUUACUUCAGCAGCGCUGCAAUACUCACACAACGCGACCCUAGUUAUGGUUCGUGCCAUUUUAAGUAUAUCAAAUGAUUCAAAGGAAAGGGCCAAGCUGCACAUGAAUAAAGUGAUUUUUUCAAAUUGUUACUACUUGUUCACAAUAUGAAAUUGAACAAAUCCAAUCUAAAACACAAAAAAAACAAAUCCAGUCUUUGUUGGUACUUGAAGUUUCACUUUUUUUUAUUUUCUGAUGUAGAUUUUUGAUAAAUUGU